GGAAGUGCAGAAUAUUUCCUAACCAGUGGAGACAAAAUCAGGUUCUUCUUUGAAAAAGGUGUUUUCGAUGAUAAAGGGGAUUUUCUGGUACCAAAGGAUGCAUCUCUUAACAAAAUUGGCCAUGCGUUACAUGCCUUUGACGUGGUCUUCAAACAAAUGACUCAUGCCUCAAAAGUACAGGCCCUGGUGAGGAAACUCGGCUUUGAGAACCCUGUGGUGGUACAGAGUAUGUAUAUCUUCAAGCAACCUCACAUUGGUGGUGAAGGUGAGUCUUUUAUGUGCUUUCAUUAG